AAAUAUUUUAGUCAGUUUUUAUAUUAUUAUUAUUAUUUGAAAUGAACAAAAUAGAAAAAAUUAUUGAAGGAAGGACACACACAGUUAUAGAACAUGAUAAGAAACUUCACAAUGAAGUCAGUAAUUUUCUUCCACGAAUUACCAAUAGAAACUCGGAAAAGAAAAUUACAAUGGCAGAUGUAACGCCACAGAUUAUUGCAAGCUGUAUAAUUCAUUGUAUGACCAUAAAGAGUGGUAUAAACAUGGCUUAUAGUACUAUUUUAUUAGAUGGUUUAGAAUCAGAUAAUGUUGAUAUGAAAGUAACUGAAAGUGAAGCAUCUUGGAUAGCGAGUCUAGUUACAAUAACAUUGCCAAUAGGAUCUCUCAUUGCUGGGCCUCUAAUGGAUAAAUUUGGACGCAAAAUAGUUUGUUUAUUAUCUUGUGUUCCUGCAGCAAUAGCAUGGGUUUCAUUGAUAUUUGCCAAAUCCUUAAUUACUAUUUAUGCGGCUCGAGUUGUAGCUGGAAUCUCAGCAGGUUUAACAACUGUUGGUCUGGUUUAUAUAUCGGAAAUUACACAUCCACAAAUCAGAUCAAUGCUUCUCUGCCUUACUUCUGUAUUUGUGUCGUUUGGUAUUUUAAUUCCCUGUUGUUUAGCUGUAAUGCUAGAUUGGCGCAAGAUGAACAUAAUUUUCUUUGUAUUAGAGUGUUUUAUUUUCUUUAUACUUUACUUUGUACCUGAAAGUCCCUACUGGCUCGUAUGUUUUCAAAAUGGUAUGCUUGAUGAAAAACGAAUUUGCAAAAUGAAACACAGUUUGAGGCAACUUAACAAAAGGCAAACAAUUUAUGAGGAAGAAUAUUCGCGAAUCAUGGAGACUUGUGGAAAUCGUGUAGUGAAUGAUAAGGCGUCAAAAAAUAUUAUAGCAUCUGUAAAAAAUUAUUAUCACACAUUUGCAUCUCCGGAAGCCUAUAAGCCUAUGCUGAUACUUUUCUUACUAUUUUUGUUGCAACAACUAUCUGGUUCUUAUAUGUGCACGUGAUAUGAAUGAAAUAUAUAACGGGUGAUACCUCUCACGACUGACAAGUGUUGCUCCACCAUAAC